AUGUCUAAUCCAAAUGACUACACAAUCGGCUGGAUAUGCGCUAUAAGGACGGAGUACGUUGCUGCACGAGCAUUUCUCGACGAGGAACACAAAGGACCGGGAGUUGUGUCGCCUAAUGACAACAAUGCUUAUACGCUAGGCAAAAUAGGGGAGCACAAUGUCGUUAUUGCUGUCUUGCCCGACGGUCAGUACGGCAUAUCCACAGCUUCAAAUGUCGCAAGAGACAUGAUGCACAGCUUUCCUAAUAUUAGAUUUGGUCUGAUGGUCGGCAUUGGGGGCGGUGCGCCAAGCAAAAAGCAUGAUAUCCGCCUAGGUGACAUUGUUGUCAGCGCUCCUCGAGGGGGAAAAGGAGGCGUGUUUCAGUACGACUUUGGCAAGACCAUUCAAGAUCAGAGUUUCAGGCCAACGGGGUUUCUCAAUCAACCUCCAUCCGUCCUGCUCACAGCGGUGACUGUAAUUAGCGGUCAGUACGAAAGCGAUGGCCACCGUCUUGAAGAGGAUAUAAACGACAUUCUCCGAAAGAAGCCAAGACUGCGGAAUAAGUACAGCCGGCCAGACCCAAGCAGUGAUAGGCUGUACCAGUCCGAAGUUGUGCAUCCCGCCGAUAGCGACUCAAGCUGCGUGUCAGCCUGUGGUGCUGAUCUGUCAAAGCUGAUACUGCGACCCGAACGAACUCAAGACGAGGAUAAUCCGACAAUCCACUACGGCGUUGUUGCCUCAGGAAAUCAGCUAAUGAAAGAUGCUUCGGUCAGGGAUAAG